CCAGUUGGUCAUUUCCCCUCCCUCCCCCAGUCUGCCGCCGAUGAACACGUGGGUGAAAGUGACGAGAAUGUGGAGAGAGGCAACUGGUCCUCGAAGACCGACUACCUGCUCUCAAUGAUCGGCUGUGCUGUGGGCCUGGGCAACGUCUGGAGAUUCCCUUACCUGGCGUACAGGAAUGGAGGAGGUGCAUUUCUUAUUCCUUACACACUAAUGUUGGUGAUGGCUGGGAUGCCCGUAUUUUUCUUGGAAUCCUCCCUUGGGCAAUUUGCCAGCCGUGGCUGUAUCCGUGUGUGGAAAGCUGUGCCAAUUCUGCAAGGUGUGGGGAUAACUAUGAUGAUUGUGGUUACAUUUUCCAACAUUUCCUACAACUGCAUCAUCGCCUACAGCCUGUUCUACCUGUUUGCCUCCUUCCAAUCUCCCCUGCCGUGGUCAGACUGCUUCAGCUGGUGGGGUGCAGAUGAAACCUGCAGUCGGACACCCAGAGAUCCGCUCUGCAACCUCACUCUGGAUGACGGGUAUUCUGAAGUUGUUAACACAACCUGGCUGCAGGCAAACAACAAAACCUGUUCCAAUGGAUCGGAAAUCCAUGUUCAUCACCAGGGCCCCACCGAGCAAUACUGGGAUAAAGUGACUUUACGGCGGUCAAGUUCCAUGGAUGAGACAGGGGAGAUAGUCUGGCACUUAGCUCUCUGUCUGCUCCUGGCCUGGCUGAUUGUUGGGGCCACCCUGUCUAAAGGAAUAAAAUCUUCAGGAAAGGUGGUUUAUUUCACUGCAACAUUCCCGUACGUGGUUCUGACCGUACUUCUGAUCCGAGGACUGACCCUGGAGGGAGCCCAGAAAGGGAUUGAAUUCUACAUUGGAAGCCAGUCGGACUUCUCAAAGCUGGCUGAUGCUGAGGUCUGGAAAGAUGCUGCAACACAAAUAUUCUACUCGCUUGCAGUGGGGUGGGGGUGUUUGAUAACCCUGUCGUCCUACAACAAAUUCCACAACAACUGUUACAGAGACACCAUCAUUGUCUGUGUGGUGAACUGUGCCACGAGUGUGUUUGCCGGAUUUGCCAUCUUCUCCGUCCUGGGACACAUGGCUCACGUACAGGACAAGCCUGUUUCAGAGGUCGCUCAGUCAGGUUUCGCUUUGGUUUUCAUCGCCUACCCAGAGGCUCUUGCUCAGCUGCCGUGGGCUCCCCUAUGGUCCACUUUGUUUUUCUUCAUGCUGCUCACUCUAGGACUCGACACUCAGUUUGCAGCUGUAGAAAUAAUUAUAACAAACCUAGUGGACCAGUUCCCCAAGCUGCUGCAAUCAAAGCGUCUUUAUCUGACCGCUGGAGUUUGCUCCCUGAUUUAUUUUCUUGGUCUUGUGUUUGUAACAGAGGCUGGAAUUUACUGGAUAAACUUAAUUGAUUAUUUCUGCACUGGAUGGAUUCUCAUUAUAGUAGCUCUGUUGGAACUCAUCGGUCUAAGCUGGAUUUAUGGAGUGAACAGCUUCAUCAAGGACAUUGAGAUGAUGAUUGGGGAGAGGAGCUGGCUCUUCUGGCUGUGGUGGAAAGUGUGCUGGUGUUUUAUCUCGCCGUGUUUGCUGGUGGUAAUCUUAGCCUGGUCUUUGGCGACAUUUACCCAACCAACAUUCGGACACGUUCAGUACCCCAUUUGGGCAGUAGCACUCGGCUGGUGUAUGAUCAUCUUCUGCAUUAUGUGGAUCCCCAUCAUUGCCAUCGUGAGAGUUUUCCAAGCUGAGGGCUCCACAUUGUACCAGAAGCUUUCUACUGCUUGUUCAUCAGCUCCAGAUUGGGGUCCAUACUUGGAAAAGCACAGAGACGAACGGUACAGGAACAAGACAAAAUCAACUGAAGUUUCUAACCAACUGCUUGUUCUUCCAACUGAGAUUGGAACAUUUAAGGACGUUUCUUAA